GAUCCGAUCAGGGCCAUGGCUUGCGUCAGCAGCCCCCAGCCGCUGGCUCAUGGGAAGGAUGCAGGAGGAUGGAGUUCAGCGGAGCCCUUUGCCAUCCCCCCCCCACCCCCCUUCCUCCCCCCUCCCCAGUGGCUGCUGAAGCAUUCCAGGCUUGGCUCUUGUGCAAUCCUGGAGGCUGCCUCUCUGCCUGGGGGAGAAGGAGGAGAUGCUGGAAGGGGAUAUAAGGCAGGGUGGCAGGGAGCGAGAGAGCCACCCGAGGCGGCGGCGAGUGGAGGAGCAGAGUGUGGCCUGGCCAUGGGGAGGACUCUGAGCUCUCUGCUGCUGCUGCUCCCUGCCCUCUACCAGGCUGGCUGUGCGGGCACCAAGAGCCAGCUGGCAAGCCCACAGGGCCCAGGGCUUGCCCUGCGUCUCCAGAGGAGCCCAGGUGCCUGCCUGCCAAACCCCUGCCAGCACCAAGGCAGGUGCCAGGCGGUGGAGGACAGCCCAGUCUGCAGCUGCAAGCCAGGCUUCACAGGGGCAUUCUGCCAAGAUGUGCUCAUGAAGUUGGCCUGCAAGGAUGAUCACAUGAAGAUGAUGGUGAGGAAGGAGGUGUUUGAAGUCCUGAGGAUCCCCCAGGAGCUCGUCCACCUGAAGAACAAGGCGUGCAAGGUGUCAGAAAGGUGGGAGGAAGGGGAGCUCUUCUGGGCAGCCACUCUCACAAGGGACAACUACACUGCCUGUGGAUCAGUCAUUCAGCAAAACAGCUCCCAUGUGUCCUACUUCAACGUCCUGGAGUCUGAGUGGGGAGCAGGCAUGGAAGUGAUCUCCAGGAGCCUCCAGCUGAAGGUGAAUUUCUCCUGCAUCUACAGCUAUGAGCAGGUGGUGAAGCUGCCCUUUGCCCUCACUGCUGUGGACAAGCUGGUGCAGUUCGUGGUCAGAGAGGAACGCAUCAACAUCAGCAUGAGGCUGUACAAGAGCCCCUCCUACCUGCAGCCCUACCACCUGCCCACCGCUGCCAUCCCCCUGACGGACACCCUCUACGUCCUGCUGAGGGCAGAAGGGCACCACCAGCUCAAAGCCUUCCAGCUGAGUGCUGAGGACUGCUGGGCAACGCCUGGCACAGCUCCUUACCAGGCUGUGCAGCACAAACUCAUCGAGAAGGGGUGCCCUCAGGACAAGACAGUGAGCUACCUCAACAGCAGUGGAGAGAGCACUGCUGUCAAGUUCAGCUUCCAGAUGUUUCGCUUCGUGGGGCACCCACAGCUGUUCCUGCACUGCCGUGUCCGCCUCUGUGCCCCCGAUGCCCUGCAGCCCUGUGCCAAGCAAUGCCCCAGGAGGCAGAGGAAGAAGCGAGCACCUGAGGAUGACUACGACCAGGUUGUCUCCUAUGGACCCAUCCACCUGCUGCCUGCUGGAGCAGAGACCCCUGCCAGGUCUGAGCAGCAGCACCUGAAGGGACCCACCCCGUGGCUGCUGAGUGGCCUCAUCCUGCUGGCUGUGCUUGGUCUGCUCACCAGGGCUGCUGCAGCUGUGGGCACAAGGUGGCAAAGUGGGCAGCAAAGGGCUGCACCCCAAUAAACGUGAAGGGGCA